UUGGAGCACAGAGCGGUUUGGUCGUUUGUUGGAGGGUUUUCUUUUUCCUUGCUCGGCGACUGCGGCUCUUCACUGGGCAGCAGGAGCGGCGCGGCUGUCGAAGAAGCGGUCUAAGACUUCGGCAUUGGGUAAAAGAAAAUGGCCCGAACCAAGCAGACUGCCCGUAAAUCCACGGGUGGAAAAGCGCCCCGCAAACAGCUGGCCACUAAAGCCGCCCGGAAAAGCGCCCCUUCCACCGGUGGGGUGAAAAAACCUCAUCGCUACAGGCCCGGAACCGUAGCGCUUCGGGAGAUCCGUCGUUACCAGAAAUCCACCGAGCUUCUGAUCCGGAAGCUGCCUUUCCAGAGGUUGGUGAGGGAGAUCGCCCAGGAUUUCAAAACCGAUCUGAGGUUUCAGAGCGCCGCCAUUGGCGCCCUUCAGGAGGCCAGUGAAGCGUACCUGGUGGGUUUAUUUGAAGAUACUAAUCUGUGUGCCAUCCACGCUAAGAGAGUCACCAUCAUGCCCAAAGACAUCCAGUUGGCUCGCCGGAUACGGGGAGAGAGAGCUUAAGUGAAGGCAGUUUUUAUGGUGUUUUGUAGUAAAUUCUGUAAAAUACUUUGGUUUAAUUUGUGACUUUUUUUGUAAGAAAUUGUUUAUAAUAUGUUGCAUUUGUACUUAAGUCAUUCCAUCUUUCACUCAGGAUGAAUGCGAAAAGUGACUGUUCACAGACCUCAGUGAUGUGAGCACUGUUGCUCAGGAGUGACAAGUUGCUAAUAUGCAGAAGGGAUGGGUGAUACUUCUUGCUUCUCAUGAUGCAUGUUUCUGUAUGUUAAUGACUUGUUGGGUAGCUAUUAAGGUACUAGAAUUGAUAAAUGUGUACAGGGUCCUUUUGCAAUAAAACUGGUUAUGACUUGAUCCAAGUGUUUAACAAUUGGGGCUGUUAAGUCUGACCAUACAUCACUGUGAUAGAAUGUGGGCUUUUUCAAGGGUGAAGAUACAAGUCUUAACCACAGUGUAACUUACAGUUUCCUUAAAAAAAAAAAAGAAAAAAAGAAAAAAAAAGUAAACUUGGCAGCUAUAGAAUACACUAUGUGCAUUUAUAAUAGCUAUUUUAUAUAUUGUAGUGUCAACAUUUUUAAAUUAAAUGUUUUACAUUCACAUGUGGGGAGUCUUGUCAUUAAGGUGUGUGUAAUUUAAAGUCAAGUUGGUUUUCUCCUAACUAGACUGCACUUGUUUUCAUUGAUAGUAAAAUGCUUUGCAAAUUAUACCUUGCAUAAGUCCUCAUUCUACCACAUGUUAACUAACCCUCUAGCUGAUUAAUGCAAACACUAAUGGGGGGAUUUUAUUUAUAAGGGCUCUAGACUAUAAUACCGAGUUAUUCACACCAGCAUCAUCUGUUAAUAAUAAUCUAAACUAGUUAGUGCAGCUUUUCUUUGUGUUGUGGUUGGUCUCCUAACUAGGUCGAGUUUUUCUCUACCAAGAGGAAACAAUACCGAAGUUCUUUUCCUUGUGGAGUUUGUAUUAUAAUAAUCCUUAAGAGUAAACUUGCUGUGGGGGAGGGGCACACAACUCCAGCUUGAACCUCUGCCAGUUAAGAUGGUGUCCGGUUAGGUUACAUCUGAUCCAUGGUCCUGGGAAAAUCACUAUAGAGAUGGCCUUUGCAGGUGGUUUUUAAAAAUUAUCCUUCUAUUGAAGUCUUCAGGUCAAUUAUGUAUGUUGAGUAAAUUUACAAAUAAACUUGUUUAUUCAA